CACAUCCUCGGGCUUCACGACGAACGCGACUCGCCGCCAAUUGGGUCUUACUUACUGCAGUCUCUUUUCUCAAAAAAAUAAUAAUAAAAGAAUGCGGAGAGGAAGUAUUCUCCUGUUAUUAUCCAGCGCGUCUAUAGCUACCGCUUCAUCAUCACCUCGGGGUGUUUCUCCGGAAGACGCAAAUCUCUAUACAUCAUGCGGUGAAAAAACCUUUACCUGCCUCACAAACCCACACGUUACCAUCCCCUACGAAAACGUGAACGACGACUACUGUGAUUGUCCGGACGGCAGCGACGAACCCGGAACCUCCUCGUGCUCCCACCUUCCCCACAAAUCCCUCGCGAUCCGCGGGUUCUACUGCAAGAACGAAAAGCACACGCCGGCGUUCCUACCACUCAGUCGAGUAAAUGACGGGAUCUGUGACUACGAGAUCUGCUGUGAUGGGUCGGACGAAUGGGCUGGUGUGGGAGGAGUCAAGUGCGAGAAUAAAUGCGGAGAGAUUGGGAAAGCUGCUGGCAAACUGGCGGCUGAGAAGGGGAGGUUAAGGGAUGAGGGGGUGAGGAAGAAGAAAGAACUGCUUGGUAGGGCGAAGACUAUGAGGAUUGAGUUGGAGUAUAAUGUCAAGACUACUCGGGUAAGGAUUGAGGCCUUGGAGGGGAAGGUCAGGCGGCUGGAAGUUCAACUUCGGGAGACAGAAGAGGAGGAGAAGUUGAAGAUGGCUAAGCAGCCGAAGGAGGGGUCAAAGUUGGGGAUUUUGAUCUCUCUUGCUAGGGAGAGAAUGCAGGAGCUCAAGAGCUCUUUGGAGAGGGUGAGGGAUGAUAGGGAUUCUGCCAGAAGCAAAUUGGAGAAGGCCGAGGGGAUUUUGAAGGCACUAAAGGAGGGGUAUAAUCCUAACUUUAAUGACGAAGGGGUUAAGGCUGCCCGAGAUCUCAAUAGCCUUCUUGAUGAAGACGAAAUUGAUUGGGAGGGAUUCACUGAACCUGAUGAUGUUGCCGAAGGAGGCAUAAGAACCUGGGUCCACGAUAAGUUGGCAGACUUUAGACAAAUGCUUGUGGAAAACGGCCUAUUGGCAGCCAAGUCCGACGAUGGGAUGCCAGAGUCUAGAGCCCUGGCGUCGGCCCGCCAAGCCCUCGAAACCGGCAGAACGGAAGAAUCAGACACAAAAUCCCACCUAGAAACUCUUCUCUCAGACCUCACCUACCCCUACGGCCAAGACGACGUCUUCCGUCCUCUGAAGGGCGAAUGUAUAUCCUCCCAAUUCGGGGAAUACACCUACGAAUACUGCUUCCUCGGAACCGCAUACCAAAAGAGCCUUAAGGACUCCUCUUCCGUCUCCCUGGGAGAAUACUCCCGAAUCGAAGUGGACAAAUCCAUUAACGACGCCUCUGUCCGCGGCAUCUUCGAGAGCGGGUGGGAGGAGGCGCACGAUGAGGGGCUUAGCGGGACUAGCCUUAUUCACGAAAAUGGGCAGCAAUGCUGGAAUGGACCAAGGAGGAGUGUCAAGGUGGAUCUAUAUUGCAGUGCUGUUGACGAACUUAGGAGUGUUAGGGAGGAGGAGAAGUGUGUUUAUCGGUUUGAGGUUGGGACAGCGGCGGUUUGUGGAGGGGAAGAUGGACGUGGGGAGAAUACUGAAGAGAAUGUUAAGAGUGAAUUGUAGACUAUUUUGGGUGUUUUUCUUUCUUUCUUUCUUUUUCCCCUUCUACGAUACGAUAGUAAGCGCUUCCAGUUACCCCACCCCUUUGCCGAGUAUCAAAAAAAACGUAUUUAAACCCGAGUCUGACCUCUA